GAAGCGCUGUGCGGACCAACCUCGCGAGGUGCGGGGCGGCGCAGCCACGGCUCCAGACGGCCGGACCGCAGGGCCCGGCGUGGCCGCCCAUGAGUCGGGGAACCAUGCCUCAGCCCGGAGCGUGGCCCGGAGCGAGCUGCGCCGAGACGCCGGCGCGGGAGGCGGGGGCCGCGGCGCGGGAGGGCGGGAAGGUGACGAGCGGCGCGCAGCCCCGGGCCGCGAUGCGGUGCCCGGCCGAGCACGAGGAGGACAUGUACCGUGCUGCAGAUGAAAUAGAAAAGGAGAAAGAAUUGCUAAUACAUGAAAGAGGGAUAUCAGAACUCAGGUUAAGUGUGGCUCCUGAAAUGGAUAUUAUGGACUACUGCAAGAAAGAAUGGAGGGGAAAUACUCAGAAAGCCACAUGUAUGAAAAAGGGCUAUGAAGAAGUUUCUCAGAAAUUCGCAUCUAUAAGGCGAGUACGUGGUGAUAAUUACUGUGCGCUGAGGGCCACGCUGUUCCAGGCCAUGAGCCAACUGGCAGAGCUGCCCCUCUGGCUGCAGGACCCGGAGCUCAUGCUGUUACCAGAAAAGCUGAUAAACAAGUAUAGCUGGAUCAAGCAGUGGAAACUUGGACUGAACUUUGAUGAGAAGAAUGAGGACCUGGUUGAAAAAAUUAAGGAGUCCCUUGCCCUGCUGAGGAAGAAGUGGGCAAGCCUGGCCGAAAUGAAGACUGCUGAAGCAAGGCAGAUAGCUUGUGAUGAACUGUUCACCAAUGAAGAAGAGGAGUAUAGCCUCUAUGAAGCUGUAAAAUUUCUAAUGUUAAACAGAGCCAUCGAACUCUAUGAUGAUAAAGAGAAGGGAAAGGAAGUCCCAUUUUUUUCUGUACUCUUGUUUGCUCGAGACACAUCAAAUGACCCUGGACAGCUCCUGAGGAACCACCUAAACCAGGUGGGACACACUGGUGGCCUUGAACAGGUUGAAAUGUUCCUUCUUGCCUAUGCUGUUCGCCACACAAUCCAGGUGUACCGGCUGUCCAAGUACAACACUGAGGAGUUCCUCACAGUCUAUCCCACUGAUGCCCCCAAGGACUGGCCAGUGGUGACCCUCAUAGCUGAGGAUGAUCGACACUAUAACAUCCCUGUCAGAGUGUGUGAGGAGACAAGUCUGUGAGAGACACAUGUGGAUAGCCAUGUGAGGUGGCACAGGUGCACAUGCAACGCCUCCUCCUGGGAGCCUUAGGUCUGCAGGUCUCCAAGGACAGCCUGGAAGAACUCUUGGGCCGCUGGAGCCAAGCUGGAUUGUGAUGUUCUGAAGACUAGCUGUUGAUAAUGACAAGUCUUCACUCAUUGUUCUGUUACACAGUGUGUUUCACUGGGGGCUUCAGCAUGUACCUUUGGAAGGUACAAACUAUGUCUCCAUAAGGCAGAUGCUUUUGUGUCAGAGGACACUGUUUGGAAAGGAAUAUGUCUAACGAAAGUUCUGAUGGUAAACUGGUGUUACUUUUUAAGACAGUAGUUUCGGUUUUGAUUUUUAUUCUUUUGGGGGGGAUGGUGGUGAUGGCUCUCAUUAGUGGUCUUCCUAUGAGAUAUGCGUAAGUGGUGAUAUCCUGGAAUGGAUAGUUAAUUAUCUUUUGAUAGCUUCAUCUGCUUUUGGAGGGAUGGGCAGUGAAUUUAUAUGCCAGUUAAUACUACUUUAAGUAGACUGUCUCUUAGAAGAUUAAAAAUUGAGUUCCACAGUAGAUGUUUUGAAGCUCGGAAUAGAUAUAGGGAGGAGUGUAGACACUGAUUUCUGAGCCUCGGUGCCCUGCAUUGAGAGACCCUGUUGGCACAUGUGCGCUAGAGUUGGGGUUGUAGAUUAUCAUAAGCUCAGAACCAAGUUUGUUUCCACCUUUUUAUAGAGGUGAAAAUCCAAAGUGUCACCUAAGUUGACAUGGGGCUGAACUGGUUGCUGGGCCUCCUUUGCUCCUUUCAUGCUAUUGAAGAUCUUAUGAACCGCCAAACCCAUGUAACUUAUCCUGUGACAGGAUGAGAGACAACUAUCUGGGAUGUCUGAUAGACUACUCAAAGCAGAAGCACAAGGUAAGCAAUGCAAAGUAGUUGGAGCUGCUUGGGCAGCUAGAAGGAGGCAGCUGUGCUGGCAACAAUAGGUCUAUCUUCAUGGCAUGAGCCAUGGUCUUGACUUGGGCAGGGGUGAAUGGAAGAGGGCUAAGCAUGGGUUACCUUGGGCCUUCAUCCCUCGAGGGCCAUAGCUCAUGAUCUUUGUUCAUGGGGACCAGACAUAUCCCUCUUUAGGAUUCCAUCUGUAGCACCCAAAUCAGUUCAACAUUUGUUGGUGGUAUUAUCCUGAUGCAUUGAACUUAUAAUAAUUAAAACCCUUAAUUUGACCCAAUUUCAUAUAAGCAACUUGUUUUGGGAGUUAGGACAACCCUUUAAAAUAUAAAUUGUCAUUUCAUUAAAAAUUACGUCUUUGAAAAUUGUCUGACGUAAGAAAACUCAGGAUAUACAAACCAAUCAGACCCUUGAUGUGGUAUUUCUUCAUUGCCUUAUGAGUAAAAUCACCAUAUUUUCUUAACAGAUUAUUGGUGAGACUGCUGGCAUCAAAUGCUGUUAUGGAUGUGUGUGACAAUGGCUCUGAGUUUUCACUGUGAAAUGCUAUGGUACCCUUGAGUGAGGAGGCACCUAGCAGCCAACUUAAAAUAAUAAUAGUGGCUUACUGUUGACUUGGACACUUUAUUUUGUUGUUUGUAAUUAAAUCAUAGGAAAUGCCUGCCAUUCAUGUUUCAACAGUUUUGAAAGCAGAACUUGAAAUGUUUAGAUCAUUCCCAGCAGGAGUGAUCUGUGCCCUUUGGGUACCUUGAACUGUCCAUUGGGCUUGCAUCACUAUUGAAUUUUAGUGGUGCUUUUGGCAAUACUCACAUUCUCUGCAUUUUAAAGACAUCUUAGUAACUUGAACUGGACUUCUGGGAACCUCUGUAUAUUUAACAUUUCUUUCUUGUUCCUGUUUGUGAUAUUGUUAUACAGUUUCCCUGUAUUAUGUCCCAUGAAGUUAAUGUUGAUUUUUUUUUUUCAGAAGAUUUUCAGUUUUUCUCGCUUACCUGCGCUGGUUGUGGAUGUGCAAUACCUGUUGGCUGAGUCAUUCAUGCAUGUUGUCAUAAUGGCAGCAUUAGUGCCUCUAACUUAGAAUUUGGGUCUAUGUGAGUUUGGUCUGAGAUAGUUGCAUUUUCUCCUGUAUGCAUAAGGAAAUAUGCACAGAGAUGGAUUCAUCCUGUUUUCCUACCUAGCUGCUGACACUUUAAAUAUUCAGUCAUGUCUGAUGAGCUUUUUCUUGAAGGAAAAUGACAUUGCAUGCUUUUUGUAUAUUCUUUUUCCUUCCAGUUUUAGGACUAAGUAAACUCUCUUAUCACAUGAAUUGAUAAACUUGUGUUGGAAGAACA